AUGACUCGCGUUCUACUCACUGGAGGAAGUGGCUUCAUCGCUGCGCACACCCUGGACAUUCUUCUCGAGCGUGGCCACUCUGUCGUCACGACUGUCCGCACGCAAGAAAAGGCCGACACGAUCAAGAAACAGUAUCCUCAAUACGCAGACAAGCUUAGCUUCACAAUUGUGCCAGAUAUUGCGCAGCCUAAUGCUUUCGACGAGGCUGUCAAGUCAGACCCUCCAUUCGAGGCCGUUCUGCACACAGCUAGUCCAUUCCACUUCAACGUCACAGAUGUCCAGAAGGACCUGAUCGACCCCGCGGUCAUUGGAACCACGGGUAUUUUGAAGUCUAUCGCCAAAUAUGCACCCUCCGUAAAGCGUGUCGUCAUUACAUCCUCAUUUGCCGCCAUCGUUCAAGCCGACAAGGGCUUCUGGCCUGGCCAUGCGUACUCAGAGGCUGACUGGAACCCGAUCACUCUCGAGGAGGCGACCGAGAACCCCAUGAUGGGUUACCGCGCAAGUAAGACCUUUGCUGAGAAGGCGGCUUGGAAGUUUCUCGAGAAGGAAAAGCCGAACUUUACAAUUUCUACCAUCAACCCGCCGAUGGUGUUUGGACCUAUCGCCCAUGCCCUUGACAGCCUCGAAAACCUGAACACGUCCAACGAACGCAUUCGCAACGCUUGCCAGGGCAAAUUCAAGGACGAGAUACCUCACUCGGGAGUUUUUUUGUGGACUGACGUCAGAGACUGCGCUGAGGCCCAUGUCAACGCAUUCGAGAAGCCAGACGCAGCGAACAAGCGAUUUUUUGUUACUGCCGGCUACUUUUCAAACAAGGAAAUUACACAGAUCAUCAGGAAGAACUUUCCACAGUUCAAGGACUUGCCAAGUGACUCGACACCUGGCGGUGACUACCCUGAGGGCACACCAGACAAGGGUCUGUACACGUACAACAACAAGCGCUCGAUCGACAUCUUGGGGUUGAAGUACAGGAGUCUGGAGCAGUCGAUCGUCGACUCGGUCAAGUCGUUCCAAGCGAAGGGCUUGUAA